AUGGGCGAUAUCCGGCUCUCGACAUCUGACACAGCAUCCAACGACUCCAAACUUCUUGUUGUCGAUCCAGCUGCCCUUGUCAAGGCUAUUCUUGGCCAGACCGCUGAAAGUGUCCAGAACAUACAGACUGACUAUGAUGACCUUGUUGAAGUGAGCUCGAAAUCACCGCCAAUGGGAGGCGAAAAGAUUCGCCCCGACUCUCCUCCCAAGGAUGUAAGAGUCGGUGUGGUGAAUCCAUAUGCCCUGGCGGAGGCUCUUCUCGGAAGGAAAAUAGAAAAGCACUCAAUGAAUGCGGCGCAAAUUAUUUCACAUCUUUUGCAGACUGAUUACGAUGAACUGUUUGAUAUGAAAUACCACUCGGUGCUAUACGCCGGGCUGCAACUCAAUGAAAAGGAGAACAAGGCGGAAAAGCUGCAUGAGAAGGACCUCAAACUUCUGAAGGAGCACGAUCUUGAGACACCUGAUCUUUCAAUUGUUCAGGAGCUCAAGGAUCUUGAGAAGAUCGGACUGAAGAAUAUGGGUGAAGCGCGUGUUAAAAUGGCACGCCUGCAAAACGGCAAGCUUUGUCUUGUUGUCAAUGCCCACUCUUUGGGCAAAACGAUUUCCAACAAGAUGGUAACCCACUCCAUCAACGAGCUUGUUAGUCCAUUUAGAACGUCCAAGGGGCAUUGGAUGCCGCCAAACAGCUCCUGGCGCGACAUGUACGACGAAUUCUUCGAAAAGGUCAACAACAGAAUGAUGAGCGAACUUAUCAGGUUCCAGAUUGGCAAAGACAAGCCGAGAUAUGCCAUGCGCACCUUUGACGAUCCCACGCAGGGUUGUACCAGCAACAGCUGGCUGAUUGCUGCGCUCUUCUCCGUCGUCUGGUCUGAUCCUUCUGCCAUCAACCGAGCAACCAGGGUCUACGAGAACAAGGGCGAGAAGAAGAAGCUCUCGAUCAAGUUCCACGACAAGGGAGGUCACAAUAACGCUCGCACAGAGACUGUUGAGGUGAAUUACGAAGUUCCCAUCAGCAACUCUGACAACCAGCCGCUAUACUGCCGAUCUAGCGACGGAGUAGACAUUUGGCCAUCCCUCUAUGAGAAGGCAUUCACCAAAUGGAUAACGGGUGAUUCAUCUCAGCGACCAGACAUUACACAGACACACAGCGGUGAUCCUGUCAAGGCCAUGGCACAGAUCAAUGGCCGUGAACCGCAUUACUUCAAGACUGACAAGCACUCGCACCACGACUUGCUCGGCAUCGUCCGCAGCAACUGCGCCAACUUCAAGACCAUCAGCCCCAUGGUCGCCUGGACUCAUGCCACCGGCCACUUGUUCAAGGGAAGCAACAUUGUUGCUAACCAUGCCUACUCCAUCCUGGGCUACACCAUGCACGGCGACAAGCAGUACAUCAUGAUCCGUAACCCGUGGGGAGUCACCGAACCAGCUGGCUUAACUAGCUAUCCGGGACUCCUGGAGCGUGUCGACCCAUCCAUGUGGUAUCUUGCCUCGAUGCUUGACCAGGGUGGAUUGUUUGGUAUUGAGCCCGAGGCGUUCAAGCAGUGUUUUGCGUACAUGGGUGUUGCGAAGGAGUCGAACCACCAUUCUUGA